AUGGAUACAUCAAUGCGUGAAAAACUACUUACUUUUGCGGAUGUUAUGAUUAGAGUUCCACCUUUAUUUAUCAUAGAUGAAUUACUUAGAAUUGGACUUGGAUUAUCCAAUGAUAAUGUAGUGCUUUAUAGCACAGAACGUGGUUUUAAGAUAUCAAGAGUUUCAGACAGCAUUGUAAAUUCAAUAAUACCUACUUCAUUAUUACAACCAUUUGACUUUGAAUAUUUUGCUUAUAAAAUGCAUUUUAUAAUGGCAUUGAAGUUUUUAUGCUGUUGUUUGGGAUAUAUAGCUGCAAUAUGCAUAUUUAUGUUAUGGACAAAACAUCUAAUAAUUGUAUAUGUAUACUUAAUAUCAGUAGGGACAAUAUUUAUAUCCUAUUGGUCAAAUAUUAGUACAAUGAAAGCUAUUAUUACAUAUGUGAGCACACAACGUGAAUACACAACUAGCAUACUUGAUGAUAUUUUGACUCUUGAUUUAAAAUAUAUCUUAGACGAAGGACCGGGUUUCUUGAUAAUUCAGAAUUAUGUACUACAAUGCUUAUUAGCUAGCAUUUUUUGUUAUAUUCAUCUUGCACCAAGACAUCCGAUUCUGCAAAAACUUCUUGUAUUAAGUUUUAUGGCACCGCCGAUCUUGGGCAUUUGUCCAUUGCCGACGCAAGUUCUCUAUCAUGUGCCAGUAUUCGCAGCUCUUCUUCCAUUAGCUGUAUGUAAAUUUGUUAUUUGGUACAAUGGAAUUACUAUGUUAAACACGAUUUAUAUGGGUUAUCAACAUGCACGUAACUUCAUAAGCAAUUACGGUUUAUCCGCACUCGCCGAAACCGAAUGGAUCCGAUUGAACGUUCCGUGUGUAUUACGUAUGUUUUGGAUGCUAAGAGUUGGAGGACAAGUGUUUCAGAUCCUUGGAAAUCAUUAUGGUGAAGAGACGUUUACUUAUUACGUAAUGAUUAGAAGUUUAUUAAUCAAUGGUUGCGAAACAUUGACGGCCGUCUUGGGAAUGACAAGUAUAAUUUCAUUUAUUUGCGAUUAUAUCGGAUGUUUCUUUCAAUGGGUGUUACUCACGGAAGACGAAGACGAGAAGAGUAUCGGUACUGUGUCCGCAAUUUUAUUUUAUGUGCUGGCCCUGCAAACUGGAUUAACAAGUUUGGAUAGAGAGAAACGUUUGGUCAGAUUGUGUCGUAAUUUUUGUUUAUUAUUCACGGCUGUUCUACAUUUUGUCCAUAAUAUCGUAAAUCCACUUUUGAUGUCGCUCAGCGCCUCGCAUAAUCCGGCACUUCACCGGCAUAUUCGUGCUCUGGCAGUUUGCGUAUUUUUGAUACUAUUUCCAGUGUCACUCUUAGUAUACCUUUGGUCCCAUUAUACCGUGAACACAUGGUUACUUGCGGUAUCGGUGUUUAGUAUCGAAGUGAUCGUAAAAGUGCUAGUUUCGCUCGCUAUCUACUCCUUAUUUUUAAUCGAUGCUUAUCGUAGCGUGUUUUGGGAACAGCUUGACGAUUGCGUAUACAUAAUACGAUCUUUCGGUAACACGGUCGAAUUUACAUUUGGUAUUAUCCUAUUCUUCAACGGAUUUUGGAUGUUAGUGUUCGAAUCUGGUGGAGCAAUUCGAGCCAUUAUGAUAUGUAUCCAUGCCUACUUUAAUAUAUGGUGCGAGGCAAAAGCCGGUUGGAGCGUGUUCAUGAAGCGUCGAUCAGCCGUUAACAAAAUCAAUUCUCUGCCCGAAGCGAAGGCAGAACAGCUUCGAAUGCUGGACGAUGUUUGCGCUAUUUGUUAUCAAGAGAUGCAAAGUGCCAAGAUCACGCGCUGCAAUCACUACUUUCAUAGCGUUUGUUUGCGAAAAUGGUUGUACGUUCAGGAUCGUUGCCCACUUUGCCACGAUGUAUUGUACAAAGUUGAGAAUUCGCAAAACAAAAGCAACGAGAUUAUCCCCACCGAACAACGGGUAGUGGCAGAUGCUGAAGACAAUGUUCCCGGAGUGAACGAAGAUAGGUGAAAAGACGAAUAAUUUUAAUUAAAAUGAUAAACUGUUAAGAAUCGAAAAUUUAAAGUCAUAAAAUAUCGAUCUCCGAAUAUCUUGCCUAAAAAAAAAAAAAAGUUUCGUUUCCUGUGAGUCGCUCUCAAAUUUCAGUGAUUUGAUACGAUUUACUUUAAACGUUUCUCGACAAUGUUGAAGUCUGUUAAAAAAAAGAAAAAGAAAAAAAGAAAAAAAAAAAAAACAACAAGGAAUUCCACUGUGAGAAAACUCCGUUACCAUUUAAAUUUAGCUUAUAAGAAUAUUUCUCUUAUGAUACCUACCGGUUUAGAAUCAAAAAUUAUAUACAUGUGACUUGCUUUUAUACUUUCUCGAACAUAAGCAACGCUCAAGCUUCCGUGCACUCAUUCUGCUUAUUCUUCCAUUUUAUAAUCUUCUACUACUACUCUAUGAAUCAAUAUAUUCCAUUGAUUUAAAUUGAAAAGUUCGUAUCGCUCGUAUCGCAUUACAGAAUAAACGUCCCUGGAUACGAUCAACCGAAUUAUCGUGUAUUUUAUUGAAUAUGCGAAAUACUUUACUUUGAGCUUUCAUCGUCAAAUGAAAGGUGAUAACGUGAGAGAUGAUAAUAAUAUGAUAUCAUAAAAUCAUAGUAGAUAUAAAUGUAUAAGUGUUAAGUACACGAGAUAUUCCAUAUAUAAUAUAUACAAUAUAUAUAUUAUAUAUAUGCAACUUAUAUAUAUAUAUUAUAUACGUAUAUAUAUAUAUAAUAUGUAUAUAUAAUACGGAAAUUACUGUAAGUAAUUUGUAAGCUCAUUUCUCGUGUUAUAACAACAAUAAAGUUAUAAUAUUAACGAUUAACUUUUUUUCGAAAUCGAUAGAGGAAAGCAAACGUAACGUAAUUCUACACGUUAUAGAAAUAUAGCCAAAUGAUCAGUUUUGGUAUCAAAUUAAUAUAUAAUAAAUACAACAUAUGCUAUUUUCUAUCUCAAAUGCGCGUAUUUUACUUCUUCCAGAUACUACGUUCACUUUAUCAAGGAUAUGUGCAAAUUUUUUUCUUCUUUUUUUUUUUUUUUUUUUUUUUUUUUCUUUUUUAACUUUAAUCACUUUCUCUGUCGUUUCGAGUUAAAUCCACAAGCAUCUGUGAUAGUUAGAUAACAGCGAAAAUUAUAAGUUUUCUAAUUUAUUGGAAAUCAUUGUUUACUUAUCAUAUUAUUACAUUUAAUAAAAACGAUUGUACGGAGUCUUAUUUGUAAGAUUUGAGCAUAUGUAAUAAAUCUUAUAUUUUUAAAGCGUCAUCAUUACUUCAAUCGUCCUGAUUGGCCACGUGUCAAAAAUAUCGAUAGGAAGAAUUUCUAGCGACGCAAAUCUAGCUCGCAAAUUAUUCCCUGCACGUCCGAAAAAUUAGAGCAAUUUCCAACGCGAAUACGAUACGAACUAAAGCAGGCGCGUUAUCGUGCGCGGUUACCAAUAGCGCGGCUACCAAUUUUAGAUUUCCUAUGAUUUCGUUGCUUCUUAAUUUAACUUAAUCAGAUGCAGACUAAACAAACGUCAAAAGAACGUGAAAGAAAAAUGCGAAUAAACGUCACGCGUUUCGAAAUGCAAUUUAUGUCCUCCUUUCGUAUAAUUUCACUUCAACGAUAAUCAAUAAAAAUCAAUGAAAAUAUAUCUAAAAAAAAAAAAAAAAA